UCUCACAGUUAAAAACUAUAUUUUAUACGUACACACCCAAAUACAUACAUAUAUUGGCAAUCGAUGUAAUGGCCGAUCUACAAUCGCGCCCAUAUUAUUACAAGCUUGAGCGCCAAAGGUUUGCUUGCGUUACAUAUUCGAUAACAGCAUGUUUUCUACUGCUCGCUCUGUUGCAAUGGUAUAUGUUUUAUUUAUUAGAGAACACGAAUAAGUAUUUUACUAAAAAUUAUUGGCUUGGCAUUAUAUUCUUCGUACUCAGCUUACUGCUUAUACUUUUAUUCAUAUUCUUCGAAGAUUUACGAUUCUUUACGCCCGUUAAUUGGAUAGUUGCCAUACUCAUAUUUGAAUGCAUUGUCGUGGGCGUAACCUCGUUAGUUGUGCGUCACUAUAAAUAUCAUUUGCUAAUGAGUUACCUUAUAUGGGCCAUUGUGCUGCCCUUGCAGCACGACUUAACUUUGGAUAUUGUGGUACUUGUUGUGUUUGGAAUUAUUUGCAUAAUUGGAGCCAUGUACUUUCUAAUGCUUCAUAUCGUCGCAAAUGUGCCAUAUUCAUUUAUUGUAUACCGGGCGCUCGUCCUUUGCAGCAUCGUUACAUUUAUAAUGUAUCACGCCCAAAUCAUCAAUGGUGGACGCUUUGCUGAAAUUCGUGACAACGACUAUCUGUUGGCUGCGCUUAUAUUGUUCUACGAUUUCUUGCUAAUGUAUUUAUUAACUUUUCAAUUGGCUCCAAAGUGGAGUGAUUUGUGUGAUUCUCAUAGGGACAUAACAGGCAGUCUUGUAUUGGAUCACCAUUUACCCAAACCACAACUUAAUAUUUCGGGAUAUACGGAAACCACAUAAACCGUGAUUUGGUUUGAGUUUGCGCGCUCUGUUAAAUUGAAUGUCGAUAAUAUACAGUUGAUGGGCAGCACUUAUUUAGGUGGCAGCCAACUUCACGCGUUUCGAAAUUCUGGCGCGCUGCAGCUGUUUGUACUUAGUGUUUUGUUGUUGUUGUUGAUAUUACUGCGAAUAAACUUUAUUUGGCACAAAGCUGA